AGGAGCAGGGAAGAAAUAUUCACCAUGAGCAGGAUUAAGCUGAUUUCGUCUACAUAUUUAAACAACAUUGGCACACUUAAAAUCUGUUUCUGAGUGCAAUUUUGACUUUAAUAAUGAUGGAUGAGCGUCAGGACUUUUUUAUUCUAACUUUUUAUUAGGCCACGUUUGGAUUAAUAAUACCACUGUCUCUUAUUUUGCCGGAAUACCAAAGACCAUAUUUGGAGUAUUUUACGCACAGACUUCUUCGGAUGAUAGUACAAAUCAUGUUGGAGUCGUGUUGGAACUUUUUUCACGUUUUCAUACAAUUCAAAGUGCCAAUUACCCAGCUUGCAUGAUUUCUCAAGUGAAUCAUCGGUAUCACAUCUCGCUUGCAAGGCUGACCCUGAAAUAAUAACUCGGAUCGCUUGACGAGUGUCGCUGACUGACCGCGUUGCCUCCUAAACGGGGGUUGUUACUGUGUAUGUUCUUACUCCUUCUAUUUGAAAGAGUUUCUUAAAUCUGGACAACAGGAUUAUCUACCAUCUGCAAUGCUUCCCUUGUCCCCCCUUCUGCUCCUCGUGUUCCCCGUUGCGCUCUUUGUGGUCGCGCAAGGCGCUGGGGACCUCCAGGGCUUCACCUUCCCCGGAGGGAGCGCAGGAUUCGACCCAACAGAUCCCUGCAUGGUGGUAUAUCCACCAUGUAUGAGCGAGGCGGAUCGCUACAGCCUGGAAGCCCUUCGGAGCAUCCAUCAGAUGAUGGACGAUGAUCAAGACGGAGGGAUUGAGGUGGAGGAGAGUGUGGAGUUCAUAAUCGAGGACAUGAAGCAGCAGCAGACCAACAAACACAGCCACCUGCACAGAGAAGACCAACACAUCACAAUCGAGGAGCUAUGGAGGGGUUGGAAGUCGUCUGAAGUACAUAAUUGGACUCAAGAUGAUGUGGUUCGCUGGCUGAAGGAUUUUGUUGAGUUGCCCCAGUAUGAAAGGAACUUUAAAGACUUUAAGGUCAAUGGAAAUACACUCCCCAGGAUUGCAGCCAAUGAGCCAGCAUUUCUGAGUGGCCAUUUGAGGGUUCAGGACCAGAGAGACAAACAGAAGCUCAACAUCAAAGCUCUGGAUGUUGUAUUGUUUGGACCUCCUACACGUCCCCCUCAUAACUAUAUGAAGGACCUGUUGCUCAUUGUAUCGGUGGUGAUGGGAGUUGGAGGCUGCUGGUUUGCUGGGACCCAGAAUAAAGCAAGUAAAUGCCACAUAGCCAGGAUGAUCAAAGAUUUGGAAAGUCUUCAGAGGGCUGAACAGAGCCUCCUAGAUAUGCAGGAACAACUGGAGAGAGCACAGGAAGAAAAACGUAAUGUGGCAGAGGAAAAACAGAACCUGGAGGAGAAGAUGAGGGAUGAGAUCAUGGGGGCGCAUGAGGAGGCUUACCGACUGCACGAGCUGAGGCAGGGAGCUGUCAGUGAACUCAGCCGCCUGAGAUGGGCAGAGGAAGAGCUGGUGCAGGUCCGUGGAGCACUAAAGCAGGCAGAGAAGGACAUGCAGGCUAGCUCAAAUGCCUCAGAGACCCUCCAGCUGUGGUUGCAGCUGACACAUGAGGUAGAAGUCCAAUACUACAAUGUCAAGAGGCACAGAGCAGAAUUACAGCUUGCAAUCGCCAAGGAAGAGGCGGAGAGGAUUAAGAAGAAGAGGAGUUCUGUGUUCGGGACUCUCCAGGUCGCCCACAGCUCCUCUCUAGACCAAGUUGACCAGAAGAUCCUGGAGGCAAAGAAUGCCUUGUGUGAAGUAACAGCCUGCUUACGGGAGCGCCUCCAUCGAUGGCAGUAUAUUGAGCGCGUCUGUGGCUUUCCAAUAAUUAGGAAUCCUGGCAUAGCAAACCUCAGCGCUCAGCUCUACUCAGACUCAAUUGCUCUGGGGUUUCCCAGAGUGCCCCAACCAUCAUGGUCAUGCCACAGCUCCGUCCAUGGAUCUAUGGAGGAUCUUUUAACAGCGCCUCCUUCUCCAGCCGUACAACAUGUUCCAAUGUCACCACUGAAGGCCUCCCCUCGAACACGGGGAUCCACCAUAUGCCGGUCACGUCGUUCGGGCGUCACUCAGCCACCGGCUGCGAUGAUCUCCCCGGACCCCGACCUUCUUAUGCCUAUCAGAGCCCCAUACCCCGGCGAGGAAGGGACGCUCUUCCGGAAAACUCUAAAGAAACAAGACUCCCAAGAGAUGUUCUACGACACAGAUUAUAUGAUCUCCCCACCUCUCGGCAAAAUGUUCCCUAGCCCUUCUGUUGACACUUGCUCUCAAAAGCUCUAUCAGGAUGAUAUUGAGUUCCAUGCUGACAGCUCCGUUGCAAAGCCCUUGACUAAAGAGGCAGACGCUGUUGUUGAAAGUCCAGUUCGCAAAACUACUGUAGAAGAACUUGAAGCUUCCAUAGAUGUUUCCUGCAGAACGUCGGCAAAAGAAGAAAAGUUGAACAGUUCUUUAGAAACCCUUUCUUUGAAAAUGUCCAAAGAAGAGUCUUUAAUAGAGGGUACAUCCAGGAAAAAAUCCAGGGACAGGAGUGAAGUUCCCAUGGAUGUUUCAGUUAGAAAGGUGCUUUCCGAUGAGUUGGAUGCAGAAUUCCCAGUCAGGAAAGUAGAGAGAGAUACAAUUAAGGAUUUGAUUGACAUUGCUUCAAGGAAUGUAUACAGAGAAGUUAGUGAUUUACCUCUGGAUGUGAGAAAGAUUAUUUGGAAUGAAAUAGAUGCAACAACAGAGAAGCCUAGACCUAGAAAGAUAUCAAGGGAUAUGAUGGGGGCUUCAAUGGACAGUGCAUCAAGAAAGAUGACACAGGAUGAUGUUGAGUUUGACUCAUUGUCCAGAAGUAUUACAAGAGAUACAAUAGGAAUGUCCCUCGACACAGUUUCUAAAAAGCUUCCAUGGAAUAAAGAAGACUGCCAGCUCGAUACCUCUAUGAGGGCAUUAGCAAUGGAGAACAUGAUCGAAGCCACCAGAAUACCAUCAAGAAGGAUAUCUAGAGAUGAGCUGGAGUAUUGCACAGAUACUGCGUCCUUAAAAAUGCUACCCAGAGAGAGAUUUGAAACCCUUAUCGAUACCUCAUCCUCUACAGAGAAGCAAGAGUUUGGUUUAGGGUUGUCAACAGGUAAAAGGAUACUAAGAGAUGAACUUGAUGUGUCUGCUGGUUCUCUCAGAAGAAGAAUACCAAGAAUGCAAAGAGAUGAUAUUGACAUAGUUGAUGUACAAAUUGAUAUACCUAAACAAUCAAUACUGAGGGAGGAGUUGGGAGCAUCUGGAUCAAGUUCAUCUCCUGGUAGAAUUGGACAGCCGGACCUUAUGGCAGCCUCCCAGGCAACAUGGAAGUCGUCAUCAGAAGUUUUGACUGGCCCUUUGAGCCAGCUUGUGUAUGAUGGAAUCCUUGAGAAGUCCUGCCACUCCGUGGCUAAAAGCCCGACCAGCCUCUCUGCUUCAACAGAUGUGGAGCCACCACUGUCUCCACCAACGAUUGCUUUCCCAUCUCCUUCAUUGCACUCUGAGACUGGAGUUGAGAAGAACAAGCAUAGGGAAAAGAGCAAGAAAUCUAUGAGGUUAAAAAAUCUUUUUAAAAAGAAAGAGUCAACAACAGAGAAGCCUCAAAGUGGUCUUCAAAAACUCUAAUAAUCAGUGUUUUUAUUUUUUUAUUGAAUUUGAAAAUGAGUUUCAUAAUCUCAUUGAUAAUAUCUGGCACGGAGAGCUGAGGUUGUUUUAUUUUAUUUAUUAUAAGUCUUAGGUAUAAAUAUGGUUGAUAUGGAUGAAGAUUUUGAUGCUUGCCUAUGUCUGAAGGAUUAAAUUAAGUUGAUGAUGUCUUCUGUAUAACAGACACAAUGCUUACACUUAAUAUAAACCUCCUAUGAAAACAUUUACUGCAGGAGAGAAACUUUUUAAUUUAGUGAUUUUAUAAUCUCAGAUUUUUCAUCCUGAUCUAGGUUUGAUGCGUUUAAUGAGUAUUGAGAAUAGAGUUCUUUUCACAGUGCACUGAUUACAAUAUUGUAAUUCAGUGAAUGUAAUGACCCAGGUAAAACAGUUUCUGUAUUUGUCCAUUUCUUUCUGUUUUUCUCGCAAUUUUGAAAUGGGCCAUAUAUAAUUUUUCUAGGAUAUGAAUUUAUAACGUUAGAAUCAUAAUCUGAUUACAGUUGUGGGGUUCUUUGAUUAUGAAAUGACAUAACCACACCCUUACAGCAGAGUUGAGUUAUUUUGGUUUAGACCCGGUAAAUAAAACUAUGUAAGGAUGUUUUUCUGACUUUAUAUUGUAUUGUUUCUUAUUUAGUCUUGACUAUAUAUUGUUUCUCAGGAUUUAGUUGGGAUUUAAAACCACGUUUUCAGGGGGCUUAGAUAUGUUUAAAAGCUGAAAAGGUCUGCACUACAAACAUAUGGCCUGCAGCCAAUUAAUACGAAUGAUGUAACAAAUAAGAAAGCAAUACUUUAAAUGCUUUCUUGUAAUAUUUUGUAAGGAUAGAUCAUGUUUUUGUUUUUUCAUUGAAAAAGGUUUGGAUACUUUAAGUGUGGUCAGCCUUCAGAUUGUUGCUAAAAUAGGUACAAAAUAUGUAUUUUUAUCACAUUGUUUCCUGUUUUUAUUUAUUUUGUAAGCUUGGAAAUGGGUAAACCAACCUUAACAUUGCCUAUAUCGACCCAUUUAAAAAAGAAUCUGUCCUCAUUCUGUUCCUAUGGAUCGGCCUUGGACAUCCCACACAUUUUGAAAAUGUUGUCCUUUGAUUUGCCAGAUGCUUAUGAAUAUUUUGCUUGCUAGCUGUUUUUUGGGUGCAUUUUAAUGCACAUUUUGAAUGUUCAAAUAGUUUAUUUGAUUUGCUUUUAUAUUUUUGUCAAGCAUACAGGCAGAACCUUAAGUCUAUUUUUAUUCAUAGUAUUCAUGACAUUUUGUGUGUGUGUUUGUUUAGAAAUAUCUGAAUACAAUGUUUUCGAUUGUCUUUUAUAUGGACAAGCACUUUAUUGGAAUAUGAAUGUAAGAUUACAAAGGGCUGUCUUUGAUAUACUAACAAGUAAUGAGAGUAAAGUUAGAAUCUUAACAUUGCCAGCAUGGUUAAACAUUUGUGAGAGCAAUAUGACAUAAUAAAUUGCAGUUUAAGAAUGAACAUAAAUGUCAUUUAUUAUGCAAAAUCCACGUUUUCAUGUCUUUUAUACAUAAACAUGUGUCCCCUCUGUGUAAAGAUAUUCUGAAAGUUUCAGCAAAAAAGAUUAGCUCANUUUUUGUCCUGAUCCAUUUCUAUAAAAACCUGUCUGAAAAUGAGCUGAUCAGAUUUUGGCCACUUUAUGAU